CAAGUAACAUGUGAAGACAUCCUGGAUGACCUUCGUGAUGUGUUUAAAUUAUUCAUUAAUUGGACAUUAUUUCUGGACUGUUUAUUGGUCGACCCUGCGUCUUGUUACGCUGCACUGAGCGGCAGCGAUCUGUCGUAUGUUGAGGAGAAUACCCAGCAAGCUGCCAAAGGAAAGAAAAAGGAUGGUAGAAGGUAGGACGGUGGAAGCUACAAAUCAUAGCAAAAAUUCCCUUGGUGUCUUUGUCUCCCCCGCUCCCCCCCUACAAUGUUGGUUUUGACAUGCAUUUCACAAAGCUUUCACCUAACCAAUUUAUAAGCUUUCAACAUUAAACGGGGGGGAGGGGGUGUUACAAAUUGCUGUUUUUGCACGCAUGUAUUAGGCAAGGCAGAUAAUUCUAUUUCCGUGCGCGCUGUCCACAAUGAUUUUUGCCAGGACUGCAGCUGAAGUCGAAGAAAACUUUCGAUCCGUUGGGCUGGUUGGGUGAUGUUAGUCAAUGAUUUGCGCCAGUAAUCUAAAAGCUCACUCACAAUCACACUCAAAGAGUGGAGGUUCAUUAUGAGCUUUCCUGGAGUGUCAGUGCGGUUUUUGAAUAGCUGGAGGGCGAGUAGUCACACAGGAAGGUACGACACUAACCUUCAGCUAUUCAAAAACAGCAUUGACACUCAAGGGAAGCUCAUAUUGAACCUCCACUCCUCGAGUGUGGGUGAGCUUUUAAAAUACAGGCGUUAAACUUGGUGUCUUAUUUUCAGGUCCACCAACAAGGGCAGCAAAAAGAACAUCAAUGUCGAUAAAGUAACAUCACAUUCCCGUAAGUAUAUGUGGCUGUUUGUGGAAAAUACUGUAUGAUAUAUGAUAUGACAUGGUGCGCAUAUUGCCCUGAGAAGGGGCAACCUCGUUCCCAGGGAAGAGCCUGGGAACGAGGUUGGACAAGGGGAUGAAGUAUGUUGCACAUGGCAUGGCAGUUAUGGUAUGGUGUGUAUAUAGUAGGUAUGGCAUAGUUUGGUAAGAUAUGGUACCUGUUCUGGUAUCGUGUGGUAAAUUGUAAUAUGGUAUGGCAUAUACAUGGUGUUUUAUGUUUUGGUUUGGUGUUGUAUCUUUGGUAUGAUACAGUCAUCAUAAUUGGGCAUGAUAUGGUGUAUGGUAUGGUGCAGUAUACGAUGGGGUAGUACACGCGUAAAAACGCUGAGCCCGCUGUUUAACAGGAUUGAACAAUGUUUUGCUGCCCACGUUAUUCACACUUGUCAACAAUAUUGAACAAUAUUGUUGAGCCUGAAUCGGGUGUAACAAUAUUGAAUAUUGGACUGAAUAUAUUUUAAUUUCGCUUAUUUCUUUAUCAGUAUAACUUACACAAAAUGGCUAGCCGCCAUUUUGAAAAUUUCGGGUUUGUUAUAUUUACCUGUAGGUGAAUAUGACAGCUUAAUACGUCAAAUUUGAGCAAUCAACUUGUAGGAUUUGUUAUGUUCACUUGUGCAAAAAUACUAAUGUUCAAUAUUGUUGACAACUGUGAACAAUGUGGGCAGCAAACCAUUGUUCAAUCCUGUUUUCAUCAAUAUUGCAAAAACCUGAUCGUUUUUAGGUAUGGUAUGGUAUAUUGUAGUAUUGUAUGUAUGGCAUUGUGUGGUAUAUUUUAAAAAUUGAUGUUAUAGUCAAUGCAGGUAUAGUGUAUGAUGAAAUUUUAUCUUCAAACUACAGCCACCCUUACUCCUCCGAGCAUGGAAACUCAACAACCAUCAUCAUAUGAUCUUAGACCAAAAACCAUGCCAUUUGAUAUUGAACGAAAGGUAAACAUUUUCUCAACCUUUUACAAUACAUAUAUGACAGGCUGUAUCAUUUUUUGACCCAAUCACAUUAUCUAUUAUUAAUCAUAUGCGGCCACCUUAACUUGUAACAUGUUUUCCAGCCAACAUUCAAGCACUCGACACAAUCGCUAUCUCGUCGGAUACAUCGAUCUGGGUAAAGUAUACCUCGUAAUUAUUGCAUAGCAUCUUAAUUCACCCUUCCAGAAUUCCAGAAAGGGCUCAGUCUUGGCUGUAGAGCCGCGUUUUCCUGGGUUUAGAGCCCUUUAUCUUGUGAACACAGUCUCCGGGAUAAAUAGAUGAAUAGCAUCAUUUGACAAAAGUGCACAAAUAAAUGAUAUCAUGAUAAUCAUCUGUCUACGGGAAACUCGGUUGAAACGUAAUUUGGUUGUCGUCUGCGCAUCUACCUAACGACAAAACCACAAUCAUUAGGCAAGAUUUUUGUUAGCAGGUAGGUCGAGCCGGGGUGGGAAUUUUUUUAAAAAAAAGAUCAUCAAGUUUAGUGUCAGAUUAAGAUUAGAAUUAGAUUAAGAUUAGGGGUUACAGUUGGGAUUAGAUUAGGGUUAGGUUUCCCCAAGAUAGAUGAUUAUAAUCUAUUUGUGCACUUUUGUCAAAUGAUGCUAUUCAUCUAUUUACGCCGGAGACUGUGCUGAUCUUGUAACAAGAUAAAGGGCUCUAUAGCCCAAUGACUCAAACACGGAAACAAGGCUUUAUAGCCACGGCAAAGUACUGUCCGGAAGGGUGUAUUUCUUGCAGUUUUAAAAUUGCUUAGUUUUGUGAAGACACUACGUAGUACGUAUAUUGUAUAUAUAAGAUCCAUAAUAUCAUCUGUCCAUUUCUAGUACUGCUCGUCACCCAAGCGCUUCUAGGCGAGAUUUUCUCACGAAAUUCGACAGAAAGUACUUGGUAUUUGGAGAGAAAACUGACGAAGAACCUAAGUAAGUUAUUAAUAAAUGAAGAUGAAUUAUUAUGGAUUUGAAUUUUUCCUCUUCCCUUUUGACUCGAUAUACCCAUUGGAUAUACGUAAAUUGGUGUAGAAACAGCUUCGUCCGCUCAAUAUUCAGGUCCAAAUGCUGCUUGACAAAACAAGGUUGGGUUUUGAUUGUAAUAUUUUCAUUUUGUUCUCAUUUCGUAGACCUGAUUUCUUGUCAAUUAUUGUCAACAUUUUGCGAAAUUCACUGGAUGGCUUACUGGCAACAGGAGAAGUGAGUACAGUGAAAUACGUUCAUUCUACUUGGCAUAUAAAUUCAGGCCUUAAGGUGGCUCGAUACAGAUUUAAAAAAUUCAGGUGCUUAACACUUUGACAUGUUCAAACUACGCAUUUUUAGGAUUUAUUCAGCAGAUAUUGGGUUUUUUAUAUAUUUUGAUAACUCUACUUUCAAAUUUUAUUAGUUUUAGUAACAGAUAGUUCGUUGCUAUGACGACAUACGUGUACGAAAUUGACUCCAAAAUGGUCUAUCGCCUCGUAUAGUUGGAAAAAAAGCAUGGUGACCCCCAAUUUUUUUUCGUGCAUUAUUUUACUUGGACGAAAAGCUAACAAUUAGCAAAAUAUAAAAAAUUUCUGUAAUGCCAUUUUUUUGGAAAAUGCGAAAAUGUUAUAUUCUUCGCUAACAUUUUUUUGGCAUUACAGAAUUUUUUUAUUUUUUGUAUAAUGAAAGUUUUUAGCGAUGCAAUACAGCAUGCAAAAUUUGAACAUAGGUCACCAGACAAAAUAAAGAGAUAUAGCGCAUUGUUUUUCUAAAAUGGAAAAUUCUAAUGACGUCAGCAAUUGACAUAAAACGCUAUAGAACAGGCGCAAUGGCGUGAUAUGGCGCGAGCAACUGCUCACGUCAGGUCAUUUUGGAAGUUCUUUCAUUUUGUUAAUCAGUUUCCGCGACCUGCGCGUAAAAAUGGUCAACCGGUUUUGAGUUCGCGAUUCUUGAGCAGGGGUUUUGUGAUAACUAUAUCGAGCCACCUUAAAAUAUCUUUUACAGGGCCGUCUGACAAAAUGACCGAUGACUUUGAGUUUGGGCCUGCAUAUGUAUGAUGAUGUCCGAUGACCUUCAGUUCAGUUUGGCUCGGAAAUAAGUCUGAAUGACGCAAAUUAAUAUCAGCACAAUGUAUUAAUUCUGAACUAAAUAUUGUGAAGAUAUUAAAUAAUUUGUGUCAUUCAUACUUAUUUCCAAGCCAAGAUUAACUUGCUUGCCAAUAAUAGCAGUACGACUUCGACAACUUUUCGUUUUCCACUUCACCAUUUCGCUCCAAGUUCGGUGACAUUAUUAAAAACAUUUCCGGUUCAUUUUUGUACAAUACUCUAAUUCUCCAUUAUAACAUGCAAGCCUCCAGUCCUGGACUAGGGUACAUUUUGAUUUACGUGCGUGGAGAAAGCGUCUGACAAAGCUACAGUUAGGUCGGACACCAAUUCACUCGGGUCGGACAAACAAUAAAUCUCAUUUCACUUAGGUCGGACAGAAUGUCCGGUGGUUUCCUCCCUACGUCGUACAAUUUGACGAAUGGGUCGGACAAUGUCCGUGACCGACCGAUAUUUUAAGGCCUGUAUAAAUACGAAUUAUAAUAUUAUGCUUUGAACCAGGAUGGCGGUAGCUAUCUCCCCCCAAAUAUCUUCACCUUUUUUGGCUGAUGACGUUGUCCUGACUGGCAUGAGAACAGUGGGAUAUUCAAAACAAUGAAAAGAUAAUGGAACAUCCGAUCACUGAAUCGUGACUCCUUCCAUCCUAGGCGUAUUACCGUCAGAAGGGACCAAGGUUGGCAACACGGUCAGCAAUUCAUGAUAACUUUGAUACGUAUGCACAAGCGACCGUUCAGAGAUUACAGUCUUACAGGACUCAGGCUGAAGAUUAUCAUAAUUCGUGUAUACAAGGUAGGUUCGUUCAUUGUACGUUUCUCAGCAUAGUUCAUUAUUCCUAACCAAACUCCUCAUUUCUUGAAUAUUUUAUGUUUAAACAUAAAAAGUUUACAUCUGAACAUGUAAACUUUUCAACAUGAUCUAAAUAAAAAGUUUUAUGUUGAGUCUUAAAACAAGGGGCAAAUCUUCUCUGGGGGCCCUAUGACAUCAUUAUUUUUAAGCUAGACCCAAGACUCGGUCUUCAGUGUCACCCAAUGUAGCAAAUAUCUUCAUGUUCUGGCAUUCGCCCUUGGAUAUAGGCCCUCAUCAAGGGAUCUCUUCUGUACAACCCAGCACCUUUCCUCUCCAGUGUGGCUCAGGUAUAUACAACUCCUCUUAUAUCCGUCUGGAUAUCUCUCUGCCAGAUGAACAUUCUUCUUAUCGAGCUCUCCUCUGUUUUUCGGAAGAAAUCAGGGCUUGUCUGGUGAUGUUUGACUCAGAUUUCUACAGUUUUGUCAUGUAGUGGCACAGAUCGUUCCUUAGUAUGCGUAAAUCAUACAGCGUGCAUAGCACACAAAACGCUUCCCUUAUAUUCAUCAUUCAUUUUUUCAUAAUUCGUCUGGCUUUUUCUAGAGUUGCGUAGCCAGUUAAAGAAGCUUCAGUCGUUUGCGGUUCAAAUUCCAGAAUUAGUGAUCCAGUCUUUCGUGGGGGAUCAUUCUAGCGAGACGGGGCUGUUUGUAGAGAGGAUCAAGCAAGAAAAUAAUGAAACGACAGCCAUGCUUGAAAAUCAAAGGGUAUGUUGUACUGGAAGAAUAUCAGGACUUUAGGCACGCGAUAGAACAGGGCUUGAAAUAGCGUUCCCAAAGUUCCAGAUCAUGGUGAUCGGCAGUCAUGACUUUCCCUGCUUUUUCAGGUUGGAAACCUUGCUUUUCAGAGAACCAAUAGACCUUUCCCCUUAUGAGUGAAAAUUUGAUCUAGAUAUGCCUGGACAAAAAUUUCAUCACAGCUUGAAAGAGCAUCACAAAAUUAGUAAUACUCUGAAGUUUCGUUGCGAAAUGUUGUAAAAUGCGGAUAAUAUAGCCUUGCGAAGUUUGCCGUUUUUCAGUCAUUUUGCAUUACAAACGGGAAAUUGAUAAUCAGAUGAUCAAACUGAUUAUCAAUUUCCUAUUUGUAAUACAAAAUGACUGAAAAACGGCAAACUCGCCGUAUUACUCCACCUUUAGGUCUAUAAUAAAUGUAUGAAAUUUAUACUGGAAGACCUUAUCAUGCAUGUAUACUAAAAAUUGCCAACGAUUCUGUGUUGCAGAAACAACACGAAGGCAAGCUGCGGCCGGCUCUGGGGCAUCCCAAGAAUCGCGAGGAACUGGAAGGAUUGAAGAAUGUCGAGAAAGAACGAAGUGCCUUGAAAAUGAAAGCUUUGAAAGAUUUCAUGGACGAACUGAAGGUAGGCAAUCUUUGGGCCAUCAGUUUUUUAUUCCACAACCCAAGCUACUGUGGCGGACACUAUAAGGAGGGGCGGGGGGGGGAGUCACAGUUGUAUGAUUUACGACAUUUUUUGGAUGAUUCACAGUGGUAUAGUUUUCAAAUGCUCCUCAAAAGUACAUAAACGUAUAUUGCGCCAUUAUGUGUUCAACAAUUAUAAAGUAUACUUGAAUGAAUGAAUUUAAAUGAAUUUAAAUGAAUUUAAAUGAAUGAAACAUGUGCGUUAUUGAAUAUGGUUACCUACGAUUCUCCCAGCCGCUACUCAGUACAUAAUUAAUGAGCUCCAGUUUCUGGACUCACUUAUGUAUUUUCAUAGGGUCAUCGGGUUGGACGAGCUAAAAGUUUUAUAGAUGUUCUGUCAAGAACCAGCGCAGAAAUGUUGAGAUUGUUUGAUGCUUUGGUAACUGUAGAUGAUGUGAAAAUCGGCAGUAAGUAUCCAAUCAAUAAAUUAUUAUAUCAUUAUCAAUACAUUAUAUUAUCUGUCCGUCCGUCCGUCCGUCCAUCCGUCCGUCUGUCUGUCUGUCUGUGAAACUGGAUGAGAAAUUAGUCUGUCUGUGAAUCUGGAUGAGAAAUUAGCAAACGUUUGUGAUGCUUUGCCGGGCAGAAUAAACUGAAUACGAAAUUAGCCCUUUGUAUAAUUUAUGCAUGCUACAUAAUUUAAUUCGCUGGCAGAGGUAUGCAAUCUCCAAGUACCCUCUAUAGUUAUAAUCAGUCAACACUAUAUAUAUAAUUAUAAUCUUUCCAGAAGUGGAAGAGAAACCAAAAAGCACCAAACAGAUAUUGUUAGAAAGGACAAAACCACCUAAAAAUGAGCAAGGUAAGGCCAAUAACGAAAUGAAUCUUCGAGCUGUAUAGUUGGACAUGCCCCAAGCAGUAUUUGUUGGAAUUGAAUAAUUUAUGUUUUGUAGAAAAGGAAUCAGAGUACUUCAGUAAGCCCGGUGGAAAAUGGGAAGGUCUGCCAACAAACGAAUUGGUCCUUACACCGCCUGAUCAGUUAACAAAUAUCCUUUUAUUAUCAUAG